AUGCAGAAAAGGAAUAAAGAUAAAAUUGUAGAACAAGAAGUUGAGGAAAUUGGCAAUAAACAACAACAACAUUUAGUAGCUUUGGGGACUAGUACUUCACAAGGCAAAAAGCUUUAUUUGAAAAAAUAUUUAAAAUAUUUAGGAAUUGUCCGAAGUGUCAGUGAUUAUAAAUCCUCUGCUGCAGACCAACAAUCACAGCAAGAAUUAAAUAAUUUAAGAAAAUCUAGGACAACCACUAAUGCUUUCAAUUCAAAUAAAAAUAUUGAAAAUUCUCCAGAUUCUUUAAAUGAUGAAAGUUUUUCUAAUGGAAUACAAAAAAUUGAUGAUCUUUUUCAUUACUCUGAUGAUGGCGGUUUUAGCUCUUUUAAUUUGUCCUUAACUGGUGGGGCUAAUGCACCAAUUGUUAAAAUGAAUGAAAUAUGUUCUGGGGCUUCAAUUGACAGUGAAUCUGUAAAUGGAACAAAAUUUGAGAAAUUAGAAGUAGAAAAACAAAAAGAGGAAGAAGAAACAAUUGGAGGAGGAGUUUCUAGUAGUAAUAUAUUAGUUACUACUACAACAAAAUCCUCACUUCGAACAUUGACUUGUACUUUAUCUGGAGAUGACAGUACAUCCCAAUCUAGUCAACAAACAAUUAUUGCCCGUCCAUUACAACACCAGCAACAACAACAACAAACAAUUAAACAGCAACCAAAACAACAACAAAAUACUCCAAUUCCUCCAACCCCCAAAUUAUCAAAAAUAAUUACAAAACGCUCAGAUUCGGAAAUGAGUGUUGGAUUAGGUGAAAAAUCAGCGGGUGAUUCUCCUUUUCCUUCAACAGCUUCUUUAACAGCAGACCCUCACGAAGCUAAUUAUUUAGAUAUUGCCGUUCUUAGAUGUUUAUUAAUUAAAAAUUGGGCAGAAAGAGGAGUAUUUUGGGCAGUAAAAUAUUUAUUAAAUCGUUUAAUAGCAAUGCGUCAAUAUAGGUGUUUACAUGAAGGAAUGUUUAGAUCAAGAUGUAACUCAGACACUGCUGCAAACAGAAAAGUAUCUAAAAAUGAGACAACAAAUCUUGAAUCGCAAUAUUUAACUUGGGCUGAUUUACAACAAGAAAACCCUUCUACGGAAAAAAUUGAAGAAACAAACAUUCCUCCUCCUUCCCCUCAAAAACAACAACAACCUCCAAUAGAAAAUGUUUCAUUAAUUAAAGAACGUCGAAAGUCUAUAUUAGGUUUAAAACGAAGUAGUGUUGCUGAACAAAAACAAGAAAUUGCUAAACAAAAAGAAGAAAGUUUUUUAAUACCAAAAAUUGAUAGCGAUAAGCGUAGGCGAAGAAUUUCAGCAAAUACUUUACCUAUUAAACAGACAAAAAAGAUUUCUCGUGCAGAAAUAGCUUCUGGUUUUUCAAAUAAAAAUGCUCGAAGCCGUAGCGAGCCUUCACUUUUUUCGCGUCAUUCUGAUUCUUUAAUCCAUGGAAGGUGUUCUAUCUGCCCUCCUUCAUCUCUCCAAACAGAUCCUCAAGACAAAUCUUCACCCCCAUCAAACUAUCAAAGAAAAUAUUCUCAAUUUUUCCCAGAAGCAAUUGGCAGUGCACAAUUUAUUGAAGGAAAUGGACAUUUAUCUAUGUUAGCAUUACUUAAAACCCUCGGGGCUUUAAUGGAACGUUGUACUGUUGUUAAAGUAUCUGAGAUUGUAUUAAAUAUUUGUGAUACUUUACUAAAUAUGCCAAAUUUGGAAUUUUAUGGAGCUCGUCUUUUCUUUGAAAAUAUUUUACAUAUUUUACACCGUGUUUGUCUUCAAUUGGGUUGUCCGAAUGGUUGUAAUGAAGGAAGUGUUAAAUGUCCUCAAGCAGAAUUUUUAAGAAUAAAAUUGAGAAAUUUAAUUGCACAAAUGCAUAGAAUUAAGUAAAUUAAU